AAAGAAAUCGAAACCUAACUGUGUAAUAAAUGCGCAACUUCUCCUUUUACGGUUUUGCAUCCAUUUGGACUCCAGAGCUCUCUCUCCUCUGCUCAGAAAACCUACGCUCUGCUCCGGACCAUGGCUUUCAAUCAGCAGCAACCUUUUUACAACCCGAGAAUCCCCUUCACUGGGUCAAUCCAUGGUGGUCUGCAGGAGGGGAAGUCCAUCACCGUCAGUGGACGAGUCCUGCCUGGAGCCGAUAGGUUCCAUGUGAAUUUACAGUGUGGUUCCAGGACCAAUGCAGACAUUGCUCUCCACUUUAACCCACGAUAUGACAGGGGCUCUGGUUACGUGGUUACCAAUACCUUCCAGUUUGGCAGCUGGGGCCCUGAGGAGAGGAAGCCCACCUCUCCGUUCCCUGCCGGCUCUACCUUCACCCUGCUCAUCACAGUCAGCCGUGACUCCUACCAGCUGAACACCAAUGGCUGCCACUUCAUGGAGUACAGACAUCGUAUCCCAUUUCAGCAGGUGGACACCAUCUCAGUAGGCGGGAACGUAGAAAUUUCCUCCAUUGGCUUCCAGCACCACAUGGGUGCCUUCCCUUCUUGUCCUGCUUUUCCAUCUGGGCCUGGAUUCCCCUCUCAGCCAGGAUUCCCUUCACAUCCUGGAUUCCCCUCUCAGCCAGGAUUCCCUUCGCAUCCUGGAUUCCCCUCUCAGCCAGGAUUCCCCUCGCACCCUGGAUUCCCCUCGCAGCCAGGAUUCCCCUCGCAGCCAGGAUUUCCUCCUGCAGUGCCUGCCGUUCCAUACACGAGCAUCAUCAGGGAUGGACUUAAACCAGGCAGGACCAUCACGAUACACGGGACUGUUCACCCCAAUGCUACAAGGUUUCAUGUGAAUUUUUGCCAUCCCUCUGGCAUUGCUCUGCAUUACAAUCCACGUUUCAACAUAAACAAUGUGGUUCGAAAUGCCAAGCUGAAUGGGCAGUGGGGUGGUGAGGAGCGUGACGGAGGAAUGCCCUUCCGAAGGGGACAGCCUUUCACGUUGACUAUCUGCUGUGAGAAGCACUCCUUCAGGAUUGUGGCCAAUGGGAUGCAGGCACACACCUUUAGGCAUCGCUACACUGCCCUCCAACACAUUACCACCCUGGAGAUCGACGGUGACGUCAGUCUGACCUCUGUGGUGGUGUAGAGGUCCAGGAAUUGUGGCUUGUCUUGACAUCUUACACACAAAAUGCUUUCCCUGCCACUGCAUUUAUUAACAAAUCCGUGCUAACUGUUUGCUUUGGAUAUUUAGUGAAUAUUGUAUAUCUGCCUCCUUUGUAUUACAUAUAACAAAUAAUCAUUCCUGUUUUCUCACUAUUAUAUCCUAUACUAUUUCUGAUUCUUAAAGAAACGAUCCAUUCGUCCAAUUUAUAUAUUCCAGUUCCACUGAUAUUUUGCAAAUGAUAAGAGUGUACUUAUUCAUGCUUUGUUAAACAUUGAACUUGAACUAUAGUGUGACAACAUGUGUUUUGGUGUAACCAAUUCUUGAAUUAUUUUAGCUGGAACCUGAUUUGGUAAGAAAAUGAACAAUUCAAGAUAUCCAGAUAUCCACAUUUUAAACAAGCUAUAAACAUAACAUGUUAAUCUGUAAAAUACACACAAACUACACAAUAAAUAAAUGUUUUCCUCUA